UCCCAUCUCUCUCCCUCACAACUCACCCUCCACUUCAUCGCCACCAUGAAGUUCUCCACCAUCCUGCCGUUCGCGGCCAUCACCACCGCCUUCGUGGUGCCCUCCGAAGAGGUCCUCAGCGAGCUCAAGAUCGAGAAUCACCACCAGUCGACCACCGUCUACGAUGAGGUCCUUUCCACCAAGGACGACAUUGUCAGCAAGUUUGAGAGCUUCCUCCACGAAUCCAAGGACCGUGCAAAGCACGCCUGGGAGGAUGUCUCCGAGAAGUCUCAAAACUUGAUGGACGAUGCCUUCAGCCGAGCGGAUGAGGUGGCAACCACUUUUGGGGACAAGAUGGAGGAGACUGCCAAUGAUAUGCAAUCAUGGCUCGAGGAGCACAACAUGUUCGAGUCGUCGGACGAUGGCCACCACCACGAUGGUGAUCACAAGAGGCCCCACCAUCCGCCUCACCACGACGACCCUCACCACGGCAAGCCCAACCUGACCGUCUACCAGUUGAUCGCCGGCAGCAAGUACACCACCAAGCUCGCCAAGCUGAUCAACGAGUACGAUGACCUGGUCGAGGCCUUGAACAGCACUGCGGCUAACUACACCAUCUUCGCCCCCACCGAUGCCGCUUUCGAGAAGAUCCCCGAGCACGCCCACAAGCCCACCAAGGAGCAGCUCAAGGCGGUCCUCACCUACCACGUCGUGCCUGACUUCUACCCAGCCGGCCGCGUUCUUGUUUCUCACACUGCCCCAACCCUCCUCAAGGGCAAGCACCUCAGUUCACAGGAGGAGCCUCAGCGCAUCGCCUUCAAGAUUGGCCUCCGCGGCUUGACCGUCAACUUCUACUCCCGCAUCGUGGCGAUCAACAUCUUUGGCACCAACGGUGUGAUCCACGGUGUCGACUCCCUUCUCAUCCCUCCUCCAUCCAUCAUCACCCUCAUCGACCUCUUCCCGGGUGAGUUCAGCACGCUCGAGCUCGGCCUCGGCAAGACCGGUCUGCUGGAGAAGUUCAACCACACCGACCACCACCAGGGCGGCACCUUCUUCGCGCCUUCCAACUGGGCCUUCCAGAAGCUUGGUCCACGAGUCAACGCUUUCCUCUUCUCUCAGUACGGCAAGAAGUACCUCGAGGCACUCCUCAAGUACCACGUAGUACCAAAGAACACUCUCUACUCCGACGCAUACUACAAGGCCAAGGACAGCGACGCCGAGAUGGAGGAGAUCCCUAAGGGCUACUUCCACGUCGACCUCCCAACACUUCUCGAUGACCGCUCGCUGUCGAUCGACAUUGGCCGCUACGGAGGAUACAUCAGCAUGAAGAUCAACGGCUUCUCCACCGUGUCUGUGCAGGAUGGUGUUGCCGAGGACGGUGUGUUGCACGUCGUGUCUAGCGUUCUCAUCCCACCGAAGAGUGUCGGUGGUAAGAUGGUGCACUACGAGGGAGGUGAGAUCACCGAGGAGGAGUUGAAGGAGCGUCUUGAGCCAUUCGUGGCGAAGAUGGAUCUUUAGAUUCGUGAUUGAUGACUAGAAUGUCAUAUUCAUUGUAGAUGGUAUAUCGCCAAGACUGGAAAAUGCGUUUGGCUUGUAUGAUAUACGUUAUGAAUUGAAUGACCUUACGUUUGACACCG